UUUACUUCCACUGUUCUCCCGUCCGGCUGGGAAACGGAGCACCCGGGCCGCCCCUCACACUCGCCCCAGCAGUUUCCCAAACAUACCAGGACGGGAUGGGAGUGUUUUCUUGGCUGCGGAACUCGAUCCUCCUACGUUAUCCUGAAGCCACUCGCCGCCUUUCCCUGACUCGUUCUUCGCGGUGAUUUUCCCAUCGGGACGCCCCGCGAGGGCGCGCGGCUGGCGUCCGCUCGGCCCGAAAGGUAGGAGCUGGGCUGCGCUCCUGCCUCGCCGCCCCGGGGACAGGAAGCCGCCCUGCCGCCCUCCGCAUUGCACCUUCUCUGCGAACUUGGGGCGGCUGCCGCCACUGAGCAAGUGCCACCGCUGCGGAGCAGGAGGCGCUUCCCCGCCGCCCCGGAGGCGUUCGGCGCAGUCGGCUGGGAUCCCGAGCCGGGCCGGCAGGCACCCAGUGCUCCCGAGGCCCGGGGACGCAACCGUGUCCGUGUCGCCCCUGACCGGCUCCGAAGCGCUCGGAUUUCCGCCAGCCUUGGGUUCGGCUGCCUGAUGCCGCCAGCGCCACGGGAGAGGUAGCGGCCGGCCGGAGCGAGCGGCGGCGGGCGGGCGGUGGGCCAGCCAUGAGAGCAUACCUUGUGGCCAUUAUCUUAAGUGCUGGCUUCCUCUACUAUGUGCUACAUUGUAUAUUAUGGGGAACAAACGUCUAUUGGGUGCCACCUGUGGAAAUGAAGCGGAGAAAUCAGAUCCAGCCUUGUUUAUCAAAGCCAGCUUUUGCUUCUCUCCUGAGGUUUCAGCAGUUUCACCCUUUCCUGUGUGGAGCUGAUUUUAAAAAAGUUGCUUCCUUGUAUGGUAGUGAUAAGUUUGAUUUGCCCUAUGGGAUAAAAAAUUCAGCGGAGUAUUUUCGGCUCGCUCUUUCAAAACUGCAGAGUUGUGAUCUCUUUGAUGAAUUUGAUAAUGUGCCAUGUAAAAAGUGUGUGGUGGUUGGUAAUGGAGGAAUUUUGAAGAAUAAGACAUUAGGGGAAAAAAUCGACUCCUACGAUGUAAUAAUAAGGAUGAAUAAUGGUCCUGUUAUAGGACAUGAAGAGGAUGUUGGGAGAAGGACAACCUUCCGACUUUUUUAUCCAGAAUCUGUUUUUUCAGAUUUCAGUCACAAUGAUCCUAAUACUACAGUGAUUCUCACUGCAUUUAAGCCACUUGAUUUAAAGUGGCUGUGGGAAUUGCUGACAGGUGGCAAAAUAAACACUAACGGUUUUUGGAAGAAGCCAGCCUUGAAUCUGAUAUAUAAACCUUAUCAAAUCAGAAUAUUGGAUCCUUUCAUUAUCAGAAUGGCAGCUUAUGAACUGCUUCAUUUCCCAAAAGUGUUUCCCAAAAAUCAGAAACCCAAACACCCAACGACAGGAAUUAUUGCCAUCACACUGGCAUUUCACAUAUGUCACGAAGUUCACCUUGCUGGUUUUAGAUACAACUUUUCUGAUCUCCAGAGUCCUUUGCACUACUAUGGGAAUGCCACCAUGUCUUUGAUGAACAAGAGUGCAUAUCACAAUGUGACUGCAGAGCAGCUAUUUUUGAAGGACAUUAUAGAAAAAAACUUCGUAAUCGACUUGACUCAAGACUGACCCUACAGAAUCAGAAGAGGAUGCUAAUGCUAACAGUAUUAGUUUUAUUUUUAUACUGCAAGUUUUAGUUUAAAAUGUUGGCUGCACUCAUCAGAAAAUUAUGUAUUGUUUGUUGCCUGGUGAUUCAUAACCACCAGCUUAAUUUCUGUGAAUAUAUUUAUGAAAACCAAAAUAUAUUUAGUUAAAAUAUCAGGGACUAAGUUCUGAUUGCAUUUUUUUUAAAAAUAGUUUUCUGAGGUGUUUUAAAUAUCUUUUUAUAGUAAGCAAGUGAAUUUAGCACAAGUUGUAAGUAUAACAUGACAUUUUGAAGUGUACCUGACUACUGUAAAUUGCUUGGGCUUGGGCCUUGAUAAUGGUAAAGGAAUGACUGACUAGUAGUUCCUGUUUCUUCUGAGGAAUGUUACAGAAAUUGGCUCCCCGGUCCCCACUGCAAUUAAGUAACCAUGAUUAGGUAUCUUCAUUCUACCAAAGAAUGCAAUUACUAAAGUCUGGUGACUAUUUUAAAGAAAUAUAGCUAGGCAAGCUUAAAGGGAAAAAUUCUUAAACAUUUUUUGCCUGGUUUAAUUUAUUCACUAAAUUAGGAAAGAUGAAGAUGAUAAAGUAAGUAAAUCCUUAAGAAGAGCCAAGCUAUUUUUUGGAUUUAAAUUAUAUACUCAUGAAAAACUCAAUUGUCCACAUGAUUAAAUUUCAUCUUCAAAUGGAAAAUUUACCUACGUGGGUGCACAAGAAAAGAAUCCCGUGGGAUGCAAAUGUGGUGAGCUCAUCUUUCUUAUUUUAAUGAAUGUGACCAAAAGUUAUUGACAGAGGGGUGAAAAAGGGUGGAAAGAAAGAUGAAGAGCAGAAGUUAUUAAACAGAUGGAAUUAAAAUUGCUCAAAGAGGUAUGAGUUGAGUUGUUCUUUUGAACAACAGUUAGUAGUGUGCAAUACUUUAAGGUGUUACUGAUAACUGAACCCUCUAAAGAGGUGUAUACAGUGUGAAUAUUAAUUAGAUCAGAUUCAGAAACAAGGAAUCAAUGAAAUUAAAAGCCGAAUAAGGGAGAAAACAGCUGUGUUUGCAGAUGUUAAUUAUGGACUAUGUUAGACAUAGCUGCAUAUGGCCACAUGUGGACACCAGUCUAGUACUUACCUUUCACCUCCAUUUCCUUUGAUUCUUCUAAUCUUGAGGUACAAAAGUCAAGUGGACUCCACAUGUAGAGUUUGCAUACCACACAGCUCUACGAUGAAGUGUAGUUGAUAUAAAGUAAUUUGGACUUAGUAAAGAAAGGAAUUUCAAGUGUUACUGGGCAUGGUAUCUGAGUAUUAACAUUGAAUCUAGCAUUUCUGUAAUGAGAAAAGGCUACAAACCUCAGAGCAAGACACAUACUAUACAAUUUAUUAAAAACAUGAACACAUUAAAAUCUAUUUAUACAGUCUAAAUUCUAGCAACAUAUACAAACACUGAGUGACUACAGUACAUGCCGAGGUAAGAAAAGUACAUUCUGGGAGAAUAUCACUGACACUCAAGCCACUUUUAUUUCUAAUAUGCAUUUCAAACUUUUUUUUCCCCCUACCUUUCCCAGCAUCCUUCUUCCCCUCUGUUCCCCCCCAACCCCCCAAAAAAAAGAGAUGAAGAAGAAA